AUGGUGUCGCCAUUUAGAGACAUGGGUCGAGGCGCACAACUUCAUUAUGUCUCCUGCACCGCUGCGCGACAUCUACUCCAUCUCUUCUCCAUGGAUUCCCAGGCCAUAUGCACAUUCUACCAGAAAAUCGGCGCCUGUCGCCAUGGCGAUAAGUGCUCGAGAAAGCACAUCCGACCCACAGAGUCGAAAACCGUGCUUCUUGCCAACUUGUACACGCAAAGCGCCGAAAAGAACAAAGUGUCGCCCGAAUCGUUUGACCAGUUCUACGCCGACAUUUACACCCACGCCGCCCAGAGCGGCGAAAUUGAGCAGAUGGUGGUGUGUGAAAACGAAAACUUCCAUCUCUGCGGCAACGUGUAUGUGCGCUAUAGCGACACGCAGAGCGCCGACAAGGCCGUGGCCCAGUUGAACCAAGAGUGGUACGGCGGGCGCCCGGUCUACUGCGAGUUGUCGCCCGUUUCGAAUUUCGCCGAAGCAAACUGCCGCGCCUACGACAACAACCAGUGCUCGCGCGGCGACCACUGCAAUUUCAUGCACACGCGGCGGCCCAGCAGCGAGCUUCGCGCCCAGUUGCGCCAGGCGCAGCGGAAAUCGCUCGCGUUGGCGAAAAUCCGCGCCGCCUUGGGCGACCCCAAAUGGGGCCAGGAAUGGGAGGCGCCCACCACCCGCGCCUAUGUGCGGGAGCCAAAGAAGGAGCCAGAAAAAGAGCAGGAGCCGUCUGAGCCUGAGACAGAAGAGUUGUCGACAACAGAAGCAGUGGCGCGUCUCUUUGCGUAG